UUGCUCUUCAACGGCGCAGUGACGGCGGGCUCUUAUUGUGAAGGCGAGAGGCGGCUUGUACAAUGCUUAGUCACGGUGAGUUACAGCUUUCCCCCUCCUUCAUAUGUGGCGCACAGCUCGGCACUCUGCGAUGGAGGAAUUGAACUAGACUACUUGUCAGCUGAACCAACUGCUUCACAGUAAACACAGCGGUGCAAGCAAAUUCCUCAGCUGAGCAACCUCGAGGAACACCCCCACCGACACUCCAUUUCCAAGGGCUCCGAGUUACUCUUAUGACACUUUUGGCACUUGACCCUUUCUUUUUGCCCUUUCAGAGUCAACAAGCUUUCACCCGCCUCAUCUACAAUAUCUGAUUUUGCAGCUUGCAGCCAAAAUGUAGAGAAUAGAAGAGUUUUAAGUAUUACCUCUUUAAAUAAUGAAGCAAUAAAUUUGCCUAAAGCAAUCUGUUUGCAAGACUGACCUGUACUACUGGUAAAUCUUGCAAGAGUUUGCUUUUUAUUCGCAACAGAUGAAUUGCUUCAUUUAUGUCAUUUAAGCAGUUGAAAUAAACUUCGAACCAGAAAUUGCAAAAGAAAGGUGAUUCCCUAGACAAGAGAGAACAUAUUUCUGUUUGUAUUGAUAGAAAUGAUUGACAAGUUUCCAUUGACAUCUCCAGAGUGGAAAGAAAAACAGCUGUGUUGCCAACACGUACAGCUGAACUGAGAGAGAUCACUUUGAAUCCUGUUAAGUUCAUACUUUCAUAAACAUUCUUUGACUGUUAUUCUAUAACUCUACAAAGUUUACCCUCGGACAGAGCCAGAGGAAGCCUUGACUAAAUACUUUCAUCAUGUUGGAACUGCAGCAUCUAACAGCACAUCCAGCCAUGAGAGGCAGCUUGCAUGCAAGUCUCUAGUAAUGCCGUGAUGAGCAGUAUGGCUGGACUCAAGUACUGAACAGAGCAAGAAAAUCCUCAUGUCUUCAUAAAUUGGACGUAACUCUUUCACAAAAAUCCGGCAUACCCAGCAGAGCCUGGUGCUUUCUGUGUAGCCGUCUGCCGAGCUCCUCACUUAAAACUCUUCUUUUGUUUUACCCAUGCCUGCAUGUGGUGCAAGGAUGCCCCAUAACGCUGUCCACCGUUCUUGAGAAAGAGACUAAGGAGGAGGAGAACGGGUAGGAAAUGACAGAGUGCCUGACAGAAUGCAAAGCGCUGGUGACUCCGUCCACGCGCAACGGUCACCGCGUCUUCAGCUACACGCUAGAGAGCCACACGUCUGCUGCCUUCGCCAUCAUGAACGAGCUGCGUCUGGAGCGUCAGCUGUGCGACGUCACGCUGCGAGUUCGCUACAAGGACCUGGAGGCAGUGGACUUUGUGGCUCACAAGGUGGUGUUGGCCUCCUCAUCCCCGGUCUUCCGGGCCAUGUUCACCAACGGCCUGAAGGAGUGCGGUAUGGAGUUGGUGCCCAUCGAAGGGAUUCACCCCAGGGUUAUGGACAGGCUGAUAGAGUUUGCCUACACAGCCAGCAUCUCUGUGGGGGAGAAGUGUGUUAUCCACGUGAUGAACGGUGCUGUCAUGUACCAAAUAGACAGCGUGGUCAAGGCUUGCUGCGAUUUCCUCGUGCAGCAGCUUGACCCCAGCAAUGCCAUUGGCAUCGCCAGCUUUGCGGAGCAGAUUGCUUGCACUGAGCUUCACCAGAAGGCCAGAGAAUACAUCUACAUGAACUUCAGCCAGGUAGCAACCCAGGAGGAGUUCUUCAACUUGUCUCACUGCCAGCUGGUCACCCUCAUCAGUCGCGAUGAGCUCAAUGUGCGCUGCGAGUCCGAAGUCUUCCAGGCAUGUGUGGCCUGGGUGCGCUACGACCGGGAGAACCGGCGACCCUAUGUCCAAGCCUUACUUCAGGCUGUCCGCUGCCAUUCCCUCACCCCCAACUUCCUGCAGGCCCAGCUCCAGUCUCUGGACUGGGACCCACAGUGUAAAGACUACCUGGCCCAAAUCUUCCAGGACCUCACCCUCCACAAACCCACCAAAGUAAUUUCUUGCAGAACUCCCAAGGUGCCACAGCUCAUCUACACAGCAGGGGGUUAUUUCCGCCAGUCUCUCAGCUACCUGGAGGCCUACAACCCAUGUACAGGAGCCUGGCUGAGGCUAGCUGACCUGCAGGUGCCCCGCAGUGGCCUGGCAGCCUGUGUGAUCAGUGGACUUUUCUAUGCUGUUGGUGGAAGAAACAAUGCGCCUGAUGGCAACAUGGACUCGAAUGCUUUGGACUGCUACAAUCCCAUGAACAACUGCUGGUUGCCGUGUGCACCGAUGAGCGUUCCCAGGAACCGCAUCGGAGUUGGUGUGAUCGACGGCAUGAUAUAUGCAGUUGGUGGAUCACAUGGGUGCAUUCAUCACAGUAGUGUGGAAAGGUAUGAUCCAGAAAGGGACCAGUGGCAGCUGGUAGCCCCAAUGUUAACACGGCGUAUCGGUGUAGGUGUGGCGGUCAUCAACCGGCUGCUUUAUGCUGUCGGAGGGUUUGACGGGGCCAACCGGCUCAGCUCCUGUGAGUGCUACAACCCUGAGAGGGACGAGUGGAGGACCAUGGCCUCCAUGAACACUGUACGCUCCGGAGCUGGUGUGUGUGCACUGGGUAAUCACAUCUUUGUGAUGGGGGGAUACGAUGGCACCAACCAGCUCAACACAGUAGAGCGCUACGAUGUGGAAACUGAUACGUGGAGCUUUGCUGCCUCCAUGAGGCACAGACGCAGUGCUCUGGGAGUUACUGCAUUACAUGGACGUAUCUAUGUACUGGGAGGUUACGACGGCAACACUUUCCUGGACAGUGUGGAGUGCUACGACCCAGAGCAGGACACCUGGUCGGAGGUGACGCACAUGACGUCAGGGCGGAGCGGUGUGGGCGUGGCCGUUACCAUGGAGCCCUGCCAGAAGGAUCUGCCACAGUGUCAGAAGUCUGAGGGGGAGAACAGUGCAGCGCCACCGUCCUGUCAGUCCACUAACUCUGGCUUUCACCACAAUCAGAGACACAGCGGGCCAUGAAGCUCACGGCUAGAUCCCGCCACACACGCUCAUACACUGACAGGCACCCAAAGAACCUCAACUCUGUCUUCCCAAAUCAGAUAAGGACCCUCAUAACCAACAGAGACAGAGGUGGGCUGAAACACCAUCUGCUGCCUCAGUGAUCAGACGAUAUCAGUAGUAGUUUAUUUGAAUGCUUUGGUGAUGCUCAUCUAUGAGCUGAGUAUCAGCAUUGAACUAUCCAAAUAAAGUAUAACCCCCACACAGCCCAGUUUCCAAUAGAGUGUGUUCAGCCAAAUCUGAAAGUCGGUCUGUCUUUGUGUUCAGAUUUGGCAUUUAAAGCCCUCAGUCAGACCAUCAUUUACAAGGUUUGAGAUAAGGGCUGCAUCCUAAAAAGGUCAGUUUAUUGGCUCACAGAGUCAUCAGGGGCUGUUUAUUUAAAGAGCAGAAGAUAAAUCUGAUUGGAGAGGAAAAUACUUCACAUAAUCAGAUUAUGUAAACAAGACAAAAAAAAAAGCAUUUGUCUGUAUAGGCAGUAAAGUUCAAAGUGCCAUUACAAUGCCGGCGGGCAUUAUUGUUAUCAGUAUAUUGUUUUGAGGUGCUUGUGUUGGAGAGGCACAGACUGAGUCACUGUGUGGUGUGUACAAGUUGGUGAAGGUAACCCAGAAAGCCACAAGAUGAAGCUCAUACAAGACAAUGGGCCUCAUGCAAGAUCAUCCAAAACCUCUCUUACACAUUUUGAGGUUUGGUUUUACAGGCUAAUGUGUUCCACUUGUUUUAGGUGUCAUUCACAAAAUCAGGAGUGAUAACAAACAGUUUUCAUAUGUGACUAAAAUGGGAUUCUGCACUCGAAAGGGGAACAUGACAUUCAGUUGCCAUAUUGGUAGAUCCACUUAGCUAUACUCAACACAGUCUAAUACAACAGCCCUGCAAUAGAUCCUAGUUUGAGGAUGGUUAAAAUGUUUUCUUUUUUUUUGUUAAGACUGUGCACUUUCUAGCAGUAUACUCGCAGAUGUUUCUGUUGUUUAGCCUAAUUUCAAUGGUAGAAGUAGGGUGGACAAAAUGAUAAGCAUACACUACUGUUCAAAAGUUUGGGGUCACCUAGACAAUUUCACGUUUUCCAUGGAAAAUCACACUUUUAUUCAUGUGCUGACAUAAUUGCACAAGGGUUUUCUAAUCAUCAAUUAGCCUUUCAACACCUUUAGCUAACACAACGUAGCAUUAGAACACAGGAGUGAUGGUUGCUGGAAAUGUUCCUCUGUACCCCUAUGUAGAUAUUCCAUUAAAAAUCUGCCGUUUCCAGCUAAAAUAGUCAUUUAUCACAAUAACAAUGUCUUGACUGUAUUUCUGAAUAAUUUAGUGAUACAUUCAUUGAAAAAAACUGCUGUUCUUUCAAAAAUAAGGACAUUUCUAAGUGACCCCAAACUUUUGAAUGGUAGUGUAUAUACAUCUGUAACUGUAUCAACAACGUCACAAAUUGCAGCCUCCAAACUUGAAUCAUCACGUCACACAACAGUUCCGACAUAAAUCAGGCGUUUUUAUAACCCUCUUAAAGGUGGGAUUUUAUUGCAGGACUUUUGUAUCAGACUGCAUUUGUUUGAGUUAGUUGUACCUGAUAAUAAACCUUCAAUAGUAGGUGAUCUUGCACUGUUUAGUGUAGCAGAGGAUGUUCAUAACUAGAUCUUAAGAAAUUCCAGCCUGUAUCACUAUUAAAUUACUUGUACGGUUGCACAUAAGAACAAAUAUUAUACAGGUGUUUCAUGCAUGAGGCCUAUUGUCUCGGAUUCAAAGUGUUGGUACAAGAGAUGCAAGACUCUUCGUUAACUGCAUGGUAACAAAUGUGUCCUGUCACUCAUGGUCACUGGCAGGAUUGUAAAAAGUGGUAAAUUUUAAAAGGAUAUUGAGCGUUGCCUCUUCUCGUGCUGUCAGAGUCUUGUCUGGUGAGCAGUAAAAUGAAGAAACAAGUUUUGAUUGUGUUAGAGCAAAUGGAACACUGUAGCAUUUAAAAAGUUGGAUUCAAGCAUCUCACUGAAUGUGUUUUAUAUGAAAAACACUAAUUAUGAACAGAAUUGAGAAGCUCCCACCUGUAGUUUUUUUUUUUGUCUUCACAUCCACGAGACCUCAGAAACAGAAGUGACCAUGUUUGUGCUAAUGACAAAAGAACUUGCUUAAAGAAGUGUAUUUCUAACAGCAAUUUAAGCUACAAAGGUUUUUUAAGUGAUGUUUUGUACAUUGAUAUUCUAAGAAGUCUUGUACAGAAUUUCAGAGCUCACUUUUUUUAUUUAUUUGUUCAGAUCCUUUUUGAUUUUCUUGUUCCUCUAAACUGACAUCAGCUUUGUACUGAAUUGGAUUCUGGUGUAGUGGUUUUUGAAUAACUAGCAUGCAUUGUAACUAAGUAGGAAUGCCUGUUGAUGCUGAUUUUGGAUGUUUGUACAAAACAAAGCAAAAACAAAAACAUUGCUUCACCUUGAAAGGGACUUUUUUCCUGUUCAGUCAGUAGAUGGUUUGUACAUGUUUUUCAGCAAAAAACAAACAAAAACCUGUACAAUAAUACAUUGUAAAAUAAAAUAUGUUUAUUGUA